AAUAAAGUUUAAAUGGAGUAGUACCCUGAAGUUUGAUCUCCAUAUCUUCUUAUCCAUCAUCAUCGAGUGUGGCCCCAAAAUUUCUGAGAGCAUAGAGGAGGAAGAGGGCUGAAAUCUUGGAGAAGACUGGGAAGCGAUGGCCUCGAGCUCAACCACAUUUUCCAUCUCCUCAUCGUCAGCCCUGAUCGAUGGCAAAGCUUCUCGCCAAUCGGCCGCCGCAUCGCCACAAUGCGUUGGCUUUCCAACACUCCCUCUGCCUGUUCCUUCUCAGAACCGCCCGCAGUCUACUUCCUAUUGCCGUAAGAUCGCACGGAAUGUUGUCACUAUGGCCACAGGAGAAACAUCAGCCGAAGUCGCCACUUCUGAGCUGCCUGAUGAGCUCGUGAAAUCCAUUCAAGAAGCAUGGGACAAGCUGGAUGAUAAAUACGCUGUGGCUUCUCUUGCAUUGGCCGGUUUGGUUGCGCUCUGGGUUUCUACUGGCAUGAUCUCGGCCAUUGAUAGGCUUCCGUUAGUCCCUGGUGUCCUGGAACUCGUUGGAAUCGGUUACACAGGGUGGUUUGCUUAUCGGAACCUGAUAUUCAAACCCGACCGGGAAGCUUUGAUCGAGAAAAUCAAAGGCACUUACAAGGAUAUUAUUGGGAGCAUCUGAUGAUGAUGAUGAUGAAGAACUGAUGUACGUCAUUGUCCUUGGAGACCGGAGGGCCUCUCUUUCUUUUGGUUCUGAAGCAACUAUAUGUAAAUUGCAGCAGCAGCAGCAGCAGAAGAAGAAGUUUUAAUGAAAUUCUAACCCCCCGAGUAAAUGAAUCAAUGAUAUACUGUACUUCAAGAUACAUGCAUCUAUCUGCAUGUCCACUUGUUUGUUUCUCCUUUCUUAUUUAGAACUUUUGAGAGUUCAAAGUAGACAUGUUCAGUUCAGGUAUCUCUUAAAGGAGUGUUGGUCUCAAUAUAUCCCCUGCAUUUUGGCUACGCAA